AUGCGAUCGAGUCGACAUGCCAGAGCUGCUACUCCAGAAGACAAGACUGGGGCUCUGGCAGUGUACGAGGCGUCGCCUUCACCACCCCACGAUGUUGAGAAGGGUCCCUCAAAACGCUCGCUCCGCGGUCGCUCAGGCUGUUUGAACUGUCGCCGGCGACGAAAAAAGUGCGACGAAUUAAAACCGAGGUGUGCAAAAUGCAAGCGACUCGGCGAAGAGUGUGAAUGGGAUUCGGGGCUCAGCUUCCGCUUUACUGCAUUAGAAGCCGAUCACCCAAGCAUGAUUGCUGGCCAGAGGAUCGCUGCCACUGUGUCAAACCUGCAAAUGGUCGACGUUAUCUUCAAUCACGACACUCACGAGUCCCAUGUCACGUUCCAGACACCGCUCUCAUCUAUAGACAACCCUCUAUCGGCUCCUAGUCUUCCAACCAUCCGAGAAGACGAUCACUUACUUUCCUUUACACUGCCUGAGUUGGAGUCCCUUGAUUACCUGACGGAUCGAGACCCCUUCCAAGCUUUCGGCGACUCAUUAUGGCCGCCCAUGAGCAAUGGGGAAGCCGAUACACUGCUAGACAUGGAUCAUGUUCCAGCGGAGUCACCAGACAUGUAUGCCAUGUACUACCCUAACGCCACGUAUCGAGAGCUACACACAACACUAUACAACGCCAUGGUGGAUACCGCAAGGGGUACCGGACUUACGCGAACAGGUACUCCGGAUUCUGAAAAGUCGCAGAAAGUGGCAGGUAUGACAGUACGACGAGAAAUGGAGCUUUGGCGGAAUUACCUCGAUGAAAUCGCCCUUUGGUUAGAUAUGUUUGACAACGACCGCCACUUUCAGAUCCAUUUACCUCUGCUCGCUCAGAGUUCGGAGCCACUACGCCUGUCUGUACUAGCUCUCUCGGCAAGGCAGAUCGAGCGAAGAGAUCCAAACAAGCCCUACACAGAGAGUCUGGCGUUGUAUCAGGAAGCGAUUCGGCUGAUUGCUGCCGAGCUAGAGGGCAUGAGCACUGAAGUCAUCGGGAGCUGUGUCCUACUCUGCGUCCUGGAGAUGAUGAGUUCCUCACCCAAAGAUUGGACACGACAUCUCAAUGGUGCGGCUAUGCUGCUCAAAGCCGCCGGUAUCAAUGGUGUUGUCGGAGGUAUGCGACAAGCCAUCUUUUGGUGCUUUGCACGCAUGGAUAUGUGGGGUGGUUUUCUCUCUGGUUCUCACACAAAGAUACCAACAAGUCUUUGGUUCCUACCGACAGGCUCAAUGUCAACGGCAAUAUCGAGGUUCAAAACCGACUUCCAGAAUUUCGACAGCUAUGCGAACUACUCAUUGUUCCUCUGCGCCAGUGUCUUGAACGUUGUAUCGAGUCGGGGUACUUCCACCGAGGGCGACAGCUCAUAUUCUGCCAAAUGGAGAGCUCUUUUCGACCUUUUGAUAGACUGGCAUGCCAAUCGGCCCCGAGAGAUGCAACCCCUGAUUCCCGGAACCAGUGAGAAAGAUGAUGAGGGGCCAUUUCCUGUGGUCAUCUACACCAACGCUGCUGCAGUCAGUGCUAAUCAGCUAUACCACACGGCCACGCUGUUGAUGCUACAAGCAAAGCCCAGUGGCGUCAAAGUGCGGGGCCAAAGGUCAAUGUUUUGGCACGCUCGGCAAGUCAUUGGUAUUUCAGUGAGCAACCUGCUUCACGCCGCCUGGACCAAUGCGCCGCAGCCAAUCUAUAUCGCUGGCAAAGUCAUGUCGAGCAAGGCCGAACAUCGUGUGGUACUGGAUGCGCUCGCAGAAAUCGAGAGAACCACCGGCUUCGCAACUCAAUGGAGGGCGCAAGAUCUAAAGAAAUACUGGGGCGAUGAGGCAGAUUGA